AUGGCACCCGUAGCUCUGAGAAAGCUGACGUCGAUGCAGGCGGCCCGCGAGGCUGAAAUAAAAAGCAUCCACGAGCGAUUGAUUGCGAAGCCACGUGAGUCACUUACGAGAGACAUUGUGAAGGCCCGACUCGAUGCCAUCAAGGAGGUAUGGACUGAGGCGCGAAAAACCAACGCGGAUAUAGUCAUUCGAGACGAUGUUGAGGCGGACGCGUACAUCACGGAUAAAUGGUUCGAGCGUAUGCAGGGCGUGUAUGAGGGUGCUUUGGACGAGAUGCUUAUGAUGCUUGCCCCUUUCGAAAAGGACGCUGAUAGCAGCAUUUCAGAUGCGGGCUCUGAGUCGCGUGUCGCGAGGCUGCCUCGACUACCGCUGCCUACCUUUUCGGGCGCAUACGAAGAAUGGGCGAGCUUCUGCGAUUUAUUCACUUCGCUGGUGCAUAAUGACUCCCGCUUAUCAGACGCCACGAAGCUUCAAUACUUGAAGUUGUGCUUGACGGGCGGGGCCGCGGAGCUCAUCAGGGACGUGUCGACAACGAACGCGAAUUACGUGGGUACAUGGAAAGCGUUGAGGACUCGGUACAAUAACCCGCGCUUAAUAGUCAACAAGCUACUUAGGUCAUUCAUGGAGAUUCCGAGUAUGAGAGUAGAGUCGGCGACUGCCAUGCGAGCGUUCGUGGAUGAAUCGCAGCGUAUUGUUCGGGCUUUGGAAAACUUACAAUUGCCAGUCAGGCACUGGGACGUGUGGCUAGUAUUUUUGCUGGCUGAUCGGUUGGAUGCGGAGUCACGAAAAUUGUGGGAGGCCGAGCUCAGCGCUAGAGAUUUGGAGGAUAGCGCAGACGGGAGCCCUGACGGGCCGGAUGCCCUUAAUUCUCAGCCGAAGUAUUCUGAUUUAGUUCGAUUUUUGGAAAAGAGAGCCCAGGCUCUUGGCAUGAUUUCGACGGAUAGAAAGGCGGAAAAGAGACCGGUGUCUGGCUCGGCACCGGCACAGGCUCGGAAAGUUUUUCACGCGGGCGCGACUCAGCAAUCUGCUUCUUCGAGGUGCCUCUUGUGCUCGGGAGCGCACCCACUGUGGAAGUGCACUAAAAUGAAGGAGAAGGCUCCGCAUGACCGAUACUCGACGGCGCGUCGGCUACAGGCCUGCUUUAAUUGCCUCGGGUCGCAUAAGGCUAACGCGUGCCCUUCUUCGGGGCGUUGUACCAGUUGCGGAGGCAAGCACCACUCGAUGCUUCACCUCAAGCCUCCAGGAAAAUCUGAACGGCAGAACUCGAGUGGUUCACAGCAGCAGGGAUCGGGCGGCGGUCAGGGCGUGGGGUCCAGGGUCGGCGCGGCUGCUGUAGCGUUGCAUGCGUCCGCGAUUGCGACGUUGAGUCGCGGAGUCCUUUUGGCUACUGCUCGAGUGACGGUGGUGGGUCCAGCUGGAGAUAGCACCGUCGUUUGCGCCCUUUUGGAUCAGGGCUCCGAGGCGUCCUUCGUAUCAGAGUCGGUCGUGCAGUUGUUAGGCCUUUCGAAGGAGCGUGUUUGUGUCGCUUUGAGCGGCCUGGGCACCAGUUCGGUGGGUAUUGCGCGUGCGACCACGGAACUUGUUUUGAAAUCAUCGACCGAUGAGGGCUUCGCGAUUCGGACAAGCGCGUUUGUCCUCCCUCGUCUCACUACGCAGCUCCCGGCAAAGAAUAUCACUGAUUUAGACUUGAGACGCUUCACCGGGUUUAAGCUCGCUGAUCCGGAAUUUUUCAUUUCAAAGAAAAUCGACCUCAUUCUGGGUGCCGAUGUUUAUGGGCAGUUGCUCCGACCGGGCUUGGAAAGAUUGGUUCCUUCACGGAUCGUCAUGCAAAAUACGGCAUUUGGAUGGAUUGUCUCGGGUGGGUUGCAUGAGGAGCGCUCACGGCGGGCGGAGCAAGCUGACUCUCGAGUGUAUGUACAGGCGCUGCACUGCGCUGCGUCGGAUGAGUUGGAACGGUCACUAAAGCGAUUUUGGGAGCUCGAGGACUUACCGGUGACGCAGGUUAAAAUGAAGCUCGAGGACGAGGCUUGCGAGAAAAUAUUCAAAGAGACGCAUGGGCGCGACGCGGAUGGAAGAUAUGUCGUGCGGCUGCCAUGGAAGGCAGAUUUACCGUCUGGAGCGGCUGAAACAAGGCGGAUGGCCGUUGGCUCCCUUUCUUCCAUGUACCGUCGGUUUGCGCGCGAUCCCCAAUUGGCGCAUAGUUAUCAACAAUUCAUGACGGAUUAUGAGCGACUGGGCCAUAUGACACGGGUUCCGGACUCUGAGGUGCGCGAGGAUAAAGCGUGGUAUUUGCCUCACCAUGCCGUGGUGCAGUCAACGACGGCUGAUUGGAAGCUGAGGGUAGUCUUCGACGCAUCGCGGCGAACUCGGGAUGGCCUUUGCCUUAACGGAUUUCUGCACACGGGUGCUCCACUCCAACGAGACCUCUCGCUAGUUUUACUCAAUUGGCGGCGUUAUUUGUACGUGUUUACCGCGGAUAUAGUUAAAAUGUUUCGACAGAUCCGCGUGAAGCCGGAGGACCAGGAUCGACAGAGAAUUGUGUGGGCGCCUAACCCGGACUCUGUCCCACGAGAUUACCGCUUAACUACGGUCACGUACGGCACGGCAUGCGCGCCCUUUUUGGCGAUACGAACUCUGUUACAAUUGACCGAGGAUGAGGGCUCGCGGUUUCCGCUGGGAGCGGCAUGUCUCAGCACUGAAACAUACGUCGACGACACGUUCGCCGGGGCCGAUGAACUGACGGACGCGCUGCAAAAAAGGAACGAGCUCGUUAAGCUGCUGGGUUGCGCCGGGAUAUCACUAGAUAAAUGGGCCGCAAAUCACCCAGAGCUUAUCCCUCCUCGACUAGCGCAGGAGGACGUAAAACAAAUCGACGAGGACCAGUCAGUAAAAACACUCGGCGUGCAUUGGAGUCCGGCUCACGAUCAAUUUAGAUUUAGUUGUAGAGACGUCGCAGAAUUGUCAGCUGCCUCCACGAAGCGGACGGUUCUCUCAAACAUUGCUCGACUAUUCGAUCCGCUUGGCUGGCUGUCCCCGGUGACAGUAGGAGCGAAAAUCUUAAUGCAGGAUCUGUGGAUUCAAAAAUGCGAUUGGGAUUCUCCUCUACCGGCGGAGAUUCGCGAGCGUUGGUACGAAUACUGCAAGUCAUUGGCCAAUCUGCCGUCGCUGGCAGUCGACAGAUGGUUGGGCGUUGCAGGUAAUUGCUCAUUACAAAUUCACGGAUUCUCUGACGCGUCAUCGCGGGCCUUCGCGGCCGCCGUAUAUCUGCGCGUGGAUGGAGGGGACCGACAUAUUAAGGUGUCACUGUUAGCCGCAAAGACGAAGGUCGCUCCGGUAAAGACCGUCAGUAUACCGAACUUAGAGCUUUGCGGCGCCGCUCUGCUUGUUAGGUUGAUUGGCCACUUGAUGAAACUGGACUUUCUUAAAACAGCUCCGGUCUUCGCUUGGUCCGACAGCCAGAUUGUGCUUAUGUGGCUGCGCAGGCACCCCUGUUCUUGGAAAACCUUUGUUGCAAAUAGGGUGUCGUUCAUCCAGACGGAGUUGCCCUCUGCAACUUGGAGGCACGUGCCGACAAAGGAAAAUCCGGCUGACUUGGCGACACGAGGAGCCGAUCCUAUAGAGUUGGCGGAGAAUGGGCAGUGGUGGCACGGGCCUCGAUGGCUCGCUGAGGCUCCGGAGCAGUGGCCGGAGGCAGCGGAAAGUCGCCGAGUCGCUCACGUUCGUCAGUUGCCGUCCGAGUCGGAUUUGUUGACGAGAUUUUCUUCGCUGACCCGUUUAAUUCGCGUAGUCGCAUACUGCAGGCGUCCAAUGCUCAUACUGCGUGGGCGUAAAAAGAAGAUGGAGCCAUUCCCACCGUUUCUUACGGCAUCCGAGUUGGCGGAUUCGCGUAAAAGUGUCAUCAAACUAUCACAGGAUAGUAGCUUCGCCGGUGAGUUAAAAUUGCUGAGAGAGGGCAAGAGCUUGCCGAAACGCGGUCGACUUAGUAAGCUUAACCCUUUUCUUGACAGAGAUGGUAUUUUGCGCGUGGGAGGGCGACUGGAACAUUCGACUCUUUCUUUCGAGAGCAAGCACCCGUCGAUUUUGGCGCAAAACUCCAAUCUCAGCCUUUUAUUUACGCGUUAUGCUCAUCAACAUUGCCUGCAUGGUGGCCCCACCUUGACUUCCAGCCUGUUAAUGCAGCACGUUUGGAUCUUGGGUAGAAAUAAGUUGGUAAAGACGGUAGUCCGUAAAUGUCUGAUCUGUCAGCGCGUCAAACCACAGUCGACCCAGCAAUUAAUGGGGGAGCUUCCAGCAGAUCGAGUCACCGCGGGCAGGCCGUUUUUAGUGACAGGAUUGGAUUACGCGGGUCCGAUUCAAGUACGUGCCACAAAGGGCCGCGGGCACAAGUCAUAUAAGGGGUACAUUGUCGUUUUUGUGUGCUUUUCUACGCGGGCCAUACAUCUCGAGCUUGUCAGCGAUCUUACAUCGGCUUCCUUCCUCAGCGCUUAUCGUCGGUUUGUGGGUAGGCGUGGAGUCUGCCGAAAGCUCUACAGCGACAACGCAACUAAUUUUCAUGGAGCAGACACAGAGCUAGCAUCAAUGUUUCAGCGCGCGUCUGAAUUUUAUAAUAAACUCGCCCCUGUUCUCGCGAACGAUGGGACGGACUGGAAUUUCAUACCCCCGAGCGCCCCACAUUACGGCGGGUUGUGGGAAGCAGGAGUUAAAUCGGUAAAACAUCACCUAAAAAGGGUGGUGGGCGAGCACAUGCUCACCUUUGAGGAGUUGUCGACGGUCCUGGUGGAGAUUGAGGCGUGUCUCAAUUCACGGCCGUUGGGAGCUUUGAGCGCGGACGUGGACGACUUGCAGGCGCUGACCCCCUCUCAUUUUUUGCAUGGGUGUGCUUCGACCCUGCUUCCUGAUGCCAAUCUGACGGAUGUCCCGCAGAAUCGACUGGACCGCUAUCAAUUGCUCCAGAGGAUCCGAAACUUGUUUUGGAAGCGUUGGUCGUCCGAAUACCUGCUUCAUUUGCAACAGCGAGAGAAAUGGAGAGAGCCGACGGAAAACUUCUGUGUAGGAAGGCUGGUUCUCGUGAAAGACGAUCGUUACCCCCCGUCAAAAUGGCCCUUAGGCAGAGUAACUGACGUCCACCCGGGCCCGGACGGUCUCGUGAGAGUGGUCACGGUGAAGACGGCCACGACGUCGCUUCGUCGUCAUGUGGCUCGUUGCCACGGAUAUAAGCCACAACUUCAUCCAAAUGUAACUGAGUUGGAGAUAAAGGAGGGAGCAGCCCUAGAAAUUAAGUGCACGAGCAAUAGCCAUGUACAGUUUUUUUAUCCAGGUCGCUAUUGGCUUCAAGGUGUAAUAUCGUCUGAUUAUGAAAUUUAUCCAAAAGAAAUGAGCACCAAUAAAACUUUUUUAAGAAAAUCAGUUGUCAUUGGAGAUGCUGGUUGGUAUGGUUGUGCUGAUGUAAACAAGACCUUCACAUCAAAAACAAUUAAAGGCUUUAAUGACCAAAGCAUAAGUUGGAUUUACGUUUACGUUAAUUCUAAAAAAAGUGCCUUUAUAAAACCAGUUUGGUUUUCACCCCAGGCUGUAGGAUGCAGUCCAUAUUAUGCCAUUAUUCCAUGCCGAACAACCUCACCCAGAAUUGAAGUUAUGCUAACGACCAGUGAUUCUGCCUCCAAAUUAACUUUCAACCAGAUACAAGUACCAGAAAUUGCAGUCAAUGAUUUAAUUAUAUCCAUCCUUGUUAUAAAUAAUGUGACCUUCGAGGACGAGGGUAAUUACACUUGUCAAGUGAGAUCUUCGUUUAAUGAAUAUCGUAGUACAAACAUGUUUAUAAAAGUAUACGAUCCAAAUAUCUCUUUCAUAAACUUAAAAGCUAGGAAUGGAAAUGAGACUCAUAAAGUUGAUGAUUUAGUGAUAUUUACAGCUUACAUUGAUGCUUAUCCACCACCAACUCUCACGUGGCUUACACCCAGUGGUACUGAGAUAGUAUUAGGUAGAAAGUUCAGAAUGCCUAAUUACAAAAGACAAUAUCCGAAGUAUCCAGAAAGCAACUUAAUGAUCGAUUUUGUUCAAUUAGAAGACCAGGGAAUUUAUACUCUUCGAGCAAAUAACAGCAAUGUAAGAAGCCACAUGUUAUAUUAA